AUAAGCAGUGAGAGCGGAAGUCAUUGCAGCGUUUCCGACGGGGUGGAUAUCCGGACGAAGCGCCGCGUUGAGGCCCUUUUCCGUCGCCGAGAAGUGUGGAGCGGAGCUCCUUGUGCAAGAUGACUGAGUGGGAGACUGCCCCAGCCGUUGCUGAAACCCCAGAGAUCAAGCUCUUUGGGAAGUGGAGCACUGACGAUGUCCAGAUCAAUGACAUCUCCCUGCAGGAUUACAUUGCUGUGAAGGAGAAGUACGCUAAGUACCUCCCACACUCUGGGGGGCGAUAUGCUGCCAAGCGGUUCCGCAAGGCUCAAUGCCCCAUUGUUGAGCGCCUCACCAACUCCAUGAUGAUGCAUGGCCGCAACAACGGCAAGAAGCUGAUGACUGUGCGCAUUGUCAAGCAUGCCUUUGAAAUCAUCCACCUCCUCACUGGAGAGAACCCACUCCAGGUGCUGGUGAAUGCAAUCAUCAACAGUGGCCCCCGUGAGGACUCCACUCGCAUCGGCCGUGCCGGCACCGUCAGGAGGCAGGCUGUGGAUGUGUCGCCCCUGCGCAGGGUCAACCAGGCAAUCUGGCUGCUGUGCACAGGAGCAAGGGAAGCAGCCUUCAGGAACAUUAAGACCAUUGCUGAGUGCCUCGCUGAUGAGCUCAUCAAUGCAGCCAAGGGAUCGUCCAACUCCUAUGCUAUCAAGAAGAAGGACGAGUUGGAGAGAGUGGCCAAAUCCAACCGUUAAAUACUUUGCUUUGUAAUAAGUUCAAAUAAAAUUGACCUGUCCACAGA